UCUAUUGCGUCCUCUUAUUAUACCAUGGGGCCCAGGCGUGAGAUUUCGCCAACCGACGAGUAAUUCAUAAUCUAUGUAUACAUAAUAUUGCUGUCGACGAUACGCGAUGAUGAAAAGAAUGAAUGCCCGACAUCUAGUAGUGUACAGCCGUGUACGUACAAGUCUUCCAGCAACAGUAACAUGCCGUAUCCAUAACAUUAAAGAUAGUUCAUCCGAGAAGAAGUCUCACGUCCAGGAAUAUUCUUGUAUUCCGUCGUUAUAUCCAACAUAUAUUAAAGACGUCACAUCGAGGGAGAAGUUGGGUUGUCUUGGCAACAUCUUAUUAUCAGGACAUUUCUGCACAAAUUCAAUUUUGACUGUUAAAAACGUAGAUAUAAAUGCUGUUUUUUUAACAAAUAUUAGACUUUUUUCAUCUCGAAAAAAGAGCACGGGGAAGCGUGUGAAAUCAUACGAAGAAGUACUUAAUUAUGACAGCAGUGAUGAUGGAAAUGAAGAAGAAUAUUUUGACGAUGACUAUGAUCCUCUUGAUAAUGAUGGAAAAUCUAAAACGUGGAAAGACAUCAGAUACCAUAUAAGUGGAUUUCGAGCUGACCAGAUUCUUGCCACAGGUUUAGGACUAUCUCGAAAUAAAGUUGAUGAUGCAUUUUUAUCAGGAAAGCUACGAUUGAAUGGUGAAAAAUUAACAAAGAAAAGUAAACGAAUUGAUGUUGGUGACACCGUAGAUAUUGUGAAAGGCAGUGAGGAAGAUAAGAUUGAAGUCAUGAGAGUUGUCUUUCGAAAACUUGAGGAUGAAAAGUCUAGAAAAGAUAAAUAUAUUGUUAUACUCAGAAGAUGGAAGCAUUUAGUGCUGCCCAAACCUAACUAAAAUUUAGUAUAAAGGCAAAAUGGGCAGAUCUGUUUUUUAUUCAAGGUUGUUAUUAUGCAGUUCCUUGUUUUGCUUUUUUUGUAUAU